AUGGAUCUAAAUGACCAGGAUCUAAAUGACCUGGAUCUAGAUGACCAGGAUCUAAAUUACCUGGAUCUAGAUGACCUGGAUCUAAAUGACCUGGAUCUAGAUGACCUGGAUCUAAAUGACCUGGAUCUAAAUUACCUGGAUCUAGAUGACCAGGAUCUAAAUGACAUGGAUCUAAAUGACCAGGAUCUAAAUGACCAGGAUCUAAAUGACCUGGAUCUAAAUGACAUGGAUCUAAAUGACAUGGAUCUAAAUGACCUGGAUCUAAAUGACCUGGAUCUAAAAGACCAGGAUCUAAAAUACCAGGAUCUAAAUGACCUGGAUCUAAAUGACCAGGAUCUAAAUGACCUGGAUCUAAAUGACCUGGAUCUAAAUGACCAGGAUGUAAAUGACCUGGAUCUAAAUGACCUGGAUCUAAAUGACCGGGACUUUAUGAGCAGUCAGAUUGACAUGCCACUAAGCACCUGUACUUAG